UCUGGAAACGUCAUUCAUCUCUCCGCUUCCCCCACUCCCUUUUCUCCCUUGGUAGGCCUAGAAACGUCACGCAUCUCUCAGCUUCUCAAAUCGCUCAUCCUCUCUGCUCUCCCCUCAUCCUCCCCCACUCUCCCCUCAUCUUCCUCGCUUUCCCCUCAUUCCCCCGCUCUUCCCUCUUCUCCCCGCGCUCCCCUCAUCUCCUCGCUCUCCCCUGCUCUCCCCUCAUCCUCCCCACUCCCCCCUCAACUUCCUCGCUUUCCCCUCAUUCCCCCGCUCUUCCCCUCUUCUCUCCCCCGCUCCCCCUCUCUCCCCGCUCUCCCCCCCCCCCCCCCGCUCUCCCCCUCCCCCCUCAUCUCCCUGCGCUCCUGUCAUUUCCCCCCUUUCUCCCUUCAGCCAACCAGCCCCCCCUUUCAUGUCACUGCCUGCGCUCUAUUGUUUUCUUCCUUCACGCGCACCCUCAUCUCCCCUUGUCUCACUCCGUCCCCCUCUCUCCCCAUCCUCCUCCGUUCCCCCGCGUUCAGACUCACCCCUCAUCCCCUUCCCCUCCCAUACCUCAACUUCCCCCCUGGUGAUGCAUCGUCCUCCCCCCACCCCUCCUCCUCCCCCCCCCUCCCCAUCCACCCUUCAACUCCCUCCCCUCUCCUACCACCGCCCCCUCAAUUUCCCUCAUCUCUCACAGCCCCCCUUCACUUUCCACAACCCAGCACUCAAGUGGGUGAAUUCUGUUGCUUGUGCGACACUCUCAGUGCCUGCCUUCACCGCUCCAUUUUCUGUGAGUGUGGCUGCUAG